AAGAAGGCGCGAGGCUGCCGUUGAGUGACGUCACUUCCGGGAUCGGGAAGGGGGCGGGGCGUCGCGUCGCGUCGCGUCGAGUCUUUUCUCCUCCCUUCUCUUUGGUGGCUGUGCAGAGUAAAAGAGAGGGCUCCUGGUAUCGGAGACAGCCCAGUGGUGGUAACGGUUCUCAGGGCUUCUGCGGAAAGACGGAGGGAGGGCUUCCCCAGAACUGACGCAGCCCCGGCCAGGCCCAACGAGGUCCCGUUUCUCCCAUUCCCCCAGAUCCCAGGACGUUUGUUGGAUACAGUCGCCCUUAGUAACCGAUAGUUCCUGUGAGGGGUGGGGGUGUUUUCCUACACUCCACUAGUUUCCCCUAGUUGGAGGAUCCCUCCACAAACCUCUCCCACCGCAGACCCCGCCUCCAAGACCUUGACUCACUUUGACCCCAGGAUUGAAGUCAGGCCUGGCGUUUUUAACUCUUCAGGUGUUCUUGUUUCCCGUAGCGCCGCCGAGCUGCGCGUGCGCCUUGUGCUCCUAGACUGUUCCGGAGGGUCCUCGGGCAGGAAUGGUUUAUCUCCACGUGAAGCGCGGCGACGAAAGCCAAUUUCUGCUGCAGGCACCCGGGAGCACCCCGAUCGGAGAACUUACCCAGCAGGUCACCAGGAUCUACAAUGGGAGGCUCAAGGUGGAGCGCAUUUGUUCAGAAAUGGAAGAACUAGCAGAACAUGGCAUAUUUCUACCACCUAAUAUGCAAGGACUAACAGAUGAACAAAUUGAGGAGCUGAAAUUAAAGGAUGAAUGGGCUGAAAAAUGUGUGCCAAGUGGGGGUUCAGUCUUUAAGAAGGACGAAAUUGGACGAAGAAAUGGUCAUGCUCCAAAUGAAAAAAUGAUGCAAGUUUUGAAGAAGACUGUAGAAGAAGCUAAAGCAUUAAUAUCUAAGAAACAAGUGCAAGCUAAUGUAUGUGUUACUAUGGAAAUGGUGAAAGAUGCACUUGACCAGCUUCGAGGAGCUGUGAUGAUUGUUUAUCCGAUGGGAUUGCCUCCAUAUGAUCCAGUUAGAAUGGAGUUUGAAAAUAAAGAAGAUUUGUCAGGAACUCAGGCUGGGCUGCAGAUCAUUAAUGAAUCAGAGGCACAAAUGUGGUGGGCAGCAAAGGAAUUAAAAAGAACUCAGAAACUUUUAGACUAUGUGGGGAAAAAUGAGAAAACUAAAAUCAUUGUCAAGCUUCAACAAAAAGGCCAAGGAGCUCCAGCCCGGGAGCCUGUUAUAAGCAAUGAAGAACAAAAACAAAUGAUGCUGUAUUAUUACAAAAGGCAGGAGGAACUCAAGAAAUUAGAAGAAAAUGAUGAUGAUUCCUGUCUAGAUUCUACGUGGGCAGACAAUACUGCUUUAAAGAAACAUUUUCAUGGUGUAAAAGACAUAAAGUGGAGACCAAGAUGAAAUUCUGUGUUGAGCUGGUGUUAUUUUUAAGAAUUAACUGGUCCUUUACUGUUAGUUUCAAUAAAAGCUCUGUGACAGAAAUUUAGAUUUCAAGUUGUUUAGUUUAAAUAAAAUUUAAAAUAUGAAUUAUUUUACAAUUUAUAAAUAAUAAAUCUUUUAAAUUCA